ACUGGGGCGGGUGAAUUCCUACAGGGCGAUCGCUGAAACAGAGAAGUGCGGGACCUGCAGUCCUUGGUCGGGCGAGGAAAGGAAUUACUUGGGAAAUGCGAUCCGAUGAUUUUUUUGUCUUGGGAUCCCUGGGAUGUGUGUGGCGCUAAUCCUAAAUCGACCAUUCUCGAAGGCUCCCAAGUUCUCUGUUCCCAAGAGGCCGAGCUGUUUUCUAUGCUAUAUCAGCACCAUCAUGCCAAGUCCUAGAAACAGUCCAAGGAGCAUUCGUGAGAGACGGGCUUAUGGCAGUAAGCUAGAGUUCUUAUCAUUGCCAGAUCAGAGAGGCCCAAUAUCCCCAGAAAAUAUGUCUCAUCAUAAAGACUCUCCUACUAGUACUGGCCCUCAACAGGCUUUACCCGAAGAGGACUGUAUGAAGCUCAAUCCUUCUUUCUGGGGCAUUGCCCUGCAUUCUCUUUUGGCUGUUGAUUUGUGGACCUCUAAACUACUGGGUAUAUGUGCUGGAGAGAAUUCCCCAUGGGGUAGUGUUCGUCCUCUCAUGAUGGUCAUAGAGGUGUCAGGACAUGGAAUUCCUUGGCUAACUGGUACAUUGUACGGGCUUUACAGAAGUGGCACCUCAGCAGGUCGUGAGGUGCUGCUUAAUCUACUCUUUGCUCUGAUUCUUGAUCUAGUUUUGGUGGCAGCAGUAAAAGGACUGGUGAAACGAAGGCGCCCAGUCUACAACAAGAUGGACAUGUUUGCCACUGUCUCUGUGGACAAAUAUUCCUUUCCUUCAGGCCAUGCUACCAGAGCCGCCAUGGUGUGCAGAUUUAUACUACAUCAUCUUGUACUUGCAAUCCCUCUGAGAGUGCUGGUUGUACUUUGGACCUUCAUAGUGGGAAUCUCUAGGGUCAUGCUUGGCAGACAUAAUGUAACAGAUGUGGUCUUUGGGCUAAUCAUGGGCUACAUGCAGUAUAGUUUGGUGGAAUAUUUCUGGUUGUCACCUGUAAAUGCUCCUGUCUUCUUUGCCUUUUGGAACUGAUGGUUCUUGAGGGAAGAGAAAUAUUUGUCUUAGUGUAAACAUUUGUGAUACUUCAUCUGAUCAUCAAAUUAAAUGAGUAGAACCAAGAUUUUCACAAUAUGUGUGAUUUAACAUAAAUUUGCUCUGAAAGGCUUAAAUCACAAAAAUAAAGGCUUAUCAGGCAGCAGUCACUUACAUGAUAUUAUGCAGUGUUGAGGACAUUGAUAUAUAAAAUGUAUUAAAAAUUGGAUCUAUAAAUGCAGGUUGGAGCAUGUCAUUUAGGUGAAUUAUUAUGUUGUUGAAUCUUCUUCUGACCUCCUGUUACACCUUGUUUAAUUGUGAUUUGUGAGUUUAUUGCUUGGCUGGAUUAUGAAUCAACAUAUAAAACAACAUAAGCCUAUACUUUGGGAUGAUAGAACAUUGGAAUUGCUUUUGAUUAGAUCAGCUACUUGUGCUAUCCCUUUAUUUUUAUAGGAUUUGUGAUUAGGUUAGAAAUAAUUGCAUGAAUUAGUAGAAUCAGUCUGCUUGUAGCACAAUAAGACACAACAAUAAUGAUAUAAAAUUAUAAACGCUGUUGUCAAACUGAUUCCAUAAAUGGUAUGUAUUCCAGUUAGUGCUAAUAGCUUUUGAUAUUCAAAUAAUAACAUUUAUUGUAGUUUUGGCUAUUCUGACAUAUAAUGUUGAUCAGUUCUUUCCUGCAGAGUUUAAAAUUUUGCUUUAUAAAUAAUAUCAAUUUCUUAAUAUAUAGUCAUGUGAAAAAGAAAAUACAUUCUCUUUUGACUUCUGUGGUUUUACCUAUUAGGACACAGUAAAAAUCAUCUGAUCCUUAGUAGUUUUUAAAAGUAAAUACAACCUCUGAUGAACAACACAUAACAUAUUACAUCAUGCUAUCAGUGGAAGGGGACAGGACCAGGGGACGCAGGGGCCUAAUCCAGUGGAGGAUUUGUGAAUAAUCUUCAUUGUAGAAUGAUGGACUUUAAAUUGUUUGGCAAUAGUCUUAAAAUCUUUUCCAGAUUGAUGGACAGCAACAAAUGCUUUUCUAACAUCUGUGGUGGGAUUCAAAUAUGUGAACAACCCGUUCUCUGUGGAUGCCGCUUCCGGAAGUCCAUUUGGGGCCUGGGCAACAAAAAAAUAGCUACCGGUUCUGCCGAAGUGAUGCGAACUGGCUGAAUCCCACCACUGUCUAAGAUCAUUGCUGAUAUCUUUCCUCUUUGGCAUUGUGUUAAUACACACCUCAAUGUUGGAGAUCAGGAAACACCUAAAAUGUCAGCUUUUAUAGAGAGUAGUCACACUUGCUGUUGAUCAGUUAAUAAUAAUAAUAAAGUUGGAAGGGACCUUGGAGGUCAUCUAGUCCAACCCCCUGCUCAGGCAGGAAACCCUAUAUAAUUUUGGACAAAUGGCUGUCCAGUCUCUUCUUAAAAACUUCCAG